CCCGCCCCCGGCCCGCCCGCCCCGGUGACCUUCAGGGACCCGGCGGCGGGCGCAGGCCCCAGGCCCGGGCGAAGGCGGCGGCGGCGAGAUGUUCGUGCAGGAGGAGAAGAUCUUUGCGGGCAAGGUGCUGCGGCUGCACGUCUGCGCGUUCGACGGCGCCGAGUGGCUGGAGGAGGCGACCGAGGACACCUCGGUGGAGAAGCUCAAGGAGCGCUGCCUCAAGCACUGUGUGCCUGGGAGCUUAGAAGACCCCAAGAAUGUGACCCAUCACAAAUUAAUACACGCCGCGUCUGAGAGGGUGCUGAGUGACGCCAAGACCCUCCUGGAGGAGCACGUCCAGGACGAGGAUGUGAUACUGUUGAUCCGAAAGCGCGCUCCGGCCCCCCUCCCCAAGAUGGCUGAAGUCUCCGCAGAAGAAAAGAAUAAACAAGAGCAGAGAGCCCCGGACAGAGACGCUAUCUUCCGAGCCACCGCCAGCCUGCCUUCCCACAACAUGGACCGGGCCGUGGUGCAGACCAGCGCGAGGGACUUCCAGACGGAGCUCCGGAGAAUCCUGGUGUCUCUCAUCGAGGUGGCUCAGAAGUUGCUGGCGCUGAACCCGGAUGCCGUGGAAUUAUUUAGGAAGGCAAACGCCAUGCUGGACGAGGACGAGGACGAGCACGUGGAUGAGGCGGCCCUGCGGCAGCUCACGGAGAUGGGAUUCCCGGAGACCAGGGCGGCCAAGGCCCUGCGGCUGAACCACAUGUCAGUGCCCCAGGCCAUGGAGUGGCUCAUUGAGCACGCGGAGGACCCCACCAUCGACACUCCGCUCCCAGGCCCAGCCUCACAGGGAGAGGUGGGCGCCGAGGCCGCCCCUGCCGCCGGGACCAGUGAGGAGGAGGAGGGCAGAGACGAGCUGACAGAGAUCUUCAGGAAGAUCCGGAGGAGAAGGGAGUUCCGUGCGGACGCCCGGGCUGUCAUUUCCCUGAUGGAGAUGGGCUUCGACGAGAAGGAAGUGAUCGACGCCCUCAGAGUGAGCAACAACCAGCAGAACGCCGCCUGUGAAUGGCUGCUGGGUGACCGCAGGCCCUCCCCCGAGGAGCUGGACAAGGGCAUCGACCCCGAAAGCCCCCUGUUUCAGGCCAUCCUGGACAACCCCGUGGUGCAGCUGGGCCUGACCAACCCGAAAACCUUACUAGCAUUUGAAGACAUGCUUGAGAACCCGCUGAACAGCACUCAGUGGAUGAACGACCCGGAGACGGGCCCGGUCAUGCUGCAGAUCUCCAGAAUCUUCCAGACCCUGAACCGCACAUAGGCCGCGCACUCCAGCCACCUGGCCCGGAGGGCCUCUUCUUCCCAGCCCAAGGGGUGGGGAGAGUGUGCAGACCCCAGGGUGCCCCUGGGCUGGGGGAGGGGAGCAGGUGGGCCGGAGGGGACCCUGCCCUGGGUGUCGGGCGCCAGGGCUGCACUCCUGGGAUCUUACUGCUGAAAAACCUCGGGCGGCAGUGUGCUCGGUCGCGCCUCCAGCCUCCGACAGUGUUUACAGACAAGGCCGUCACCCCAGGAAGGGGUCACCUCCCUCCAAUGUCCCCCUGGGCUCUUGAACCGCUACUUGAAUUGACCGUAGGCGCUGCUUGUAGAGUCCACUUGUUAUUGAAACAAGGCAUGUUUCAAUCCAAAGUGUUAUUGUCAAAGGUACUAACUUGAGUAGAAGAAUUCACAGAUGACUUCUCUUUAAUAAAUAAAUUCCCGUUUUCCAAA